AUGUCGUCCAAGAAGAACAGAAAACGGCUAAACCAAAGCGCCGAGAAUGGUUCUUCCUCGGCAUCCGCUGCUUCCUUUCUUGCAGGGGCCACAGCUUCUGCCGUGGCGGCCGGGACUCUGGUGGUGAUUAACUUCUUAGAAAAGGAUGACAAAGUUCCUAAAGCAUUCCAGAAUUCUCUUGUUCAACUUGGACUCAGUACCAUGAAGUCUGCAAAUAUUUGUAUCGGUCGACCAGUGUUGCUUACCAGUUUGAAUGGAAAGCAGGAGGUCUAUACGGCCUGGCCUGUGGCAGGAUUUCCUGGAGGCAAGGUUGGCCUGAGUGAAGUGGCACAGAAGAACGUGGGAGUGAGGGUUGGUGAUGCCAUCCAUGUCCAGCCUGUUUUGGGUGCUGUGCUGCAGGCUGAGGAAAUGGACGUGGCUCUCAGUGACAAAAAUGCAGAUAUUAAUGAAGAACAACUGGCUGGUUGUAUUUUGAGAAAACUAGAUGGCAAGGUGGUUUUACCAGGCAACUUUCUGUAUUGUACAUUCUAUGGACGACCAUGCAAGCUGCAAGUGUUGCGAGUGAAAGGGGCAGAUGGCACAAUGUUGAGAAGGGCUCAGAAUGACUCUGACACUGCUGCCCGGGGAAUGGCCUCCGAGCUGUCCAGCCGAGAUCCUAGCACCCUGGAUAUAUCCUUACAGCUAAGCCAGUUAGAUCUGGAAGUGCCCCGACGGCCGGCAUCAAGUAGUACUCCUUACAGACCAGUAGAUGACAGAAUGAUGAAUAAAGCUGGUGGCAUUUUGUCAGAUGGUACACAGAGUCCUGGGAAUGGCAGUGGACUUGGAUUAGAGGAGGUCAUAGGGCUUGCAUGUAGUUUUGAGUCUGCCAGGGAAGGAAGUGAGCAACCUGUUGAUGAAGAGAGAUUACUGAAGUCACCCAGCGUGGGAGCACAGAGCAACACCGAUACCUUUUAUUUUAUUUCUUCAAAAACAAGAGUCAAUUUUACAAAGAACCGUACAAAUUCAAAAGAUCAAGCCAACCAAUUAAAAGUAACUUAUGACAUGAUAGGUGGCUUAAAUAGUCAGCUGAAAGAAAUUAGAGAAAUUAUUGAAUUACCUCUCAAACAGCCUGAGCUUUUCAAGAGUUACGGAAUUCCUCCCCCUAGAGGAGUGUUACUCUAUGGCCCUCCGGGUACUGGAAAGACAAUGAUUGCCAGGGCUGUUGCUAAUGAAGUUGGUGCCUAUGUUUCUGUAAUUAAUGGCCCUGAAAUUAUAAGCAAAUUCUAUGGGGAGACGGAAGCAAGAUUACGUCAGAUAUUUGCUGAAGCCACUCUGCGCCACCCAUCAAUUAUUUUUAUUGAUGAGCUGGAUGCACUUUGCCCUAAAAGAGAAGGGGCUCAGAAUGAAGUGGAAAAAAGAGUUGUAGCUUCACUGUUAACACUGAUGGAUGGUAUUGGUUCAGAAGGAAGUGAAGGACAAGUGUUGGUUCUUGGGGCCACAAAUCGCCCUCAUGCGUUGGAUGCUGCACUCCGAAGACCUGGACGGUUUGAUAAAGAGAUUGAGAUUGGAGUUCCAAAUGCUCAAGACAGGCUGGAUAUCCUCCAGAAACUGCUUCGAAGGGUACCUCAUUUACUCACAGAAUCUGAACUGCUACACCUGGCAAAUAGUGCUCAUGGAUAUGUUGGAGCAGACUUGAAAGCCUUGUGUAAUGAAGCAGGUCUUCAUGCCUUGCGGAGAGUCUUAAGGAAACAGCCUAACCUCCCUGACAGCAAGAUGGCUGGAUUGGUGAAGAUUACUCUGAAAGAUUUCUUGAAGGGGAUGAAUGACAUCAGACCCAGUGCCAUGAGGGAGGUAGCAGUCGAUGUCCCAAAUGUAUCCUGGUCAGAUAUAGGAGGACUGGAAAAUGUCAAGCUGAAACUGAAACAGGCUGUGGAAUGGCCCUUGAAACAUCCUGAGUCUUUCACCCAAAUGGGUAUUCAGCCACCCAAAGGAGUUCUUUUGUAUGGGCCACCUGGAUGCUCUAAAACAAUGAUCGCAAAGGCUUUGGCCAAUGAGAGUGGACUGAAUUUUCUGGCUAUAAAGGGUCCUGAAUUAAUGAACAAGUAUGUUGGUGAAUCUGAAAGAGCAGUUAGAGAGAUCUUCCGGAAGGCAAGAGCCCUGGCUCCUUCCAUUAUUUUCUUUGAUGAACUUGAUGCCUUAGCAGUUGAAAGGGGCAGUUCUUCAGGUGCUGGGAAUGUAGCUGAUCGUGUCUUGGCUCAGCUCUUGACGGAAAUGGAUGGCAUUGAACAGUUAAAGAACGUGACAAUCUUGGCAGCUACCAAUCGUCCAGAUAGGAUAGACAAGGCUUUGAUGCGGCCUGGAAGAAUUGAUAGAAUCAUCUAUGUGCCUUUACCAGAUGCAGCAACAAGAAGGGAAAUACUUAACCUACAGUUUCACUCUAUGCCAAUCAAUAACGAGGUUGAUCUGAAUGAACUCAUUCUCCAAACAGAUACGUAUUCAGGAGCAGAGAUCAUAGCUGUCUGUAGAGAGGCAGCCCUGCUGGCUCUGGAAGAAGACAUUGCAGCCAACUGCAUUAUGAAAAGACACUUUACUCAAGCCCUGAGCACCGUGACACCCAGACUUCCUGAAUCAUUGAGACGUUUCUAUGAAGAUUAUCAAGAGAAGAGUGGGCUGCAUACACUCUGA